AUGACUGCCCCAAGCUCACAGUCAUUCAAACGCAAACCUGUUGCCUCGGACUCUGGGCCGUCCCCAUCAUUCGAUGUCUCGGACAUUCUCGAUGACUACUUCUAUGACCAAGAUGAGGAGGAUAGCCUGGCCGAGAAGGCUAGAGCGCUGACCUUGGAGACUCGGCCAUCCAUGCCACCAAGGCCCAACACUAUCCCCCUCAUCCCAAGUGUCUCUGAGCCGGCUCCUAUCACGCACACGAGUACUACGAUUCCCGAGGUGCCAAGUGCCUCCAAGUCGUUCUGGCAGACUGCAUUCGAUGAGACAAUACACUUUGCCGGUGGGCUCGUGUCUCAUCCUUUUGAAGCGACCAAACACUACAGCAUCCUCCGACACUCAUCUGGACUUGUCUACUACAAAGGGCCGUCCACAAGAGUCACCAUCACAGUCUUUUCGGAUGUCCCAAUGCCAUCGGAUCGCUCAUUUUGGCUCCAGAGAAAGGGUUUCUCCGGAGACAUGGGCAUGAGCGUCAGUGUCUUGUUGGGGACUUCAAGCAAUUGGAUCGACGUAACCCCGACAUCUGAAGCACUCCCAUCCGAGAUGCCAGAAUCGGAUGAACGAGCAUGGCAGAGGGAUAUGAAGAAAUUCCUCAAAAAGGCAUCAAAGCACAAGAGUCUCUCCAAGCAUGUUGCCCGUGAGACCUGCGUCGUGCGGAUUCCCGCAGUCGCGUCAGAUGGCUAUCUCCGUGUCGUCAUGUGUACCGGCGAAGGCCGCAAGAAAGUUCUCUGCCCCAGCCCCAUCUUCCGCAUCGCCAGCACAUCCAGCGAUGUCAGCAUCUUUCGCGGGGCCAGCCUAUCUACCAUGCCACUGGAAGCUGGCCUUAAAGUGGCAUCCAUAGUGGGCACCACGGUCGUCAACAAGUACGUUGGACCAGCCAAGGCUAUAGUGGAUAAUCGUGUCCAGAAAUACACCAACAAGUACAAGCCCGGUUUCAUCGCGGAACGUGCUGAACAAAUUGCAUUUGCCAAAUCUGGUGUGCGCAGCAAAUUCGAAUCUUUAGAGGCCAACUUCGAUGGCGCCCGUGACGUCUCUUACGACCCUCUCCAUCCUCCUUGUCUGAUUGAUUCGCCUCCAGAGGUGGUCGGCUCUGAUGUCGGGCCUGAAAAGCCAUUUCCGCUGAAGGUCGUUGGAAUGGUUGUACAUGGUACUGGGCAAAGUAAAGCCCGCUUUGGACUGCCGACCGCAAACCUGGCUGGCGUUUCCAACGACCUGAUGCUUCGCCUAAACGGCAUAUACAUGGGCUGGGCUAGUGUAUAUCCCAAGAAAGGAGUCGAAAAUAUCUCCAACAACUGGUACGAAGCAAUCAUCACUAUCGGGCCCUCCCCUUACGCCUCGCCUCAAGUGGUCAUAAAGAAAGUCGCGACCGUACAUGUCCUGCGUGACUUCGGCGACACUACUUUCUUCGAUGCAAAAAUGAAAGUAAUCCUCAUGGCCUACCUUCGACCAAUCCCCGCAUCAGAUAGAUCCCAACCAGCUCUAAAGGCACGUGAUGUCGACGUGGCUCUUGCAAGCCUCAGUCGUGACGCCUGGAGCCCGGAUGUGACGGUUGAGAAGAUGAAGGAUGAGAAGAGCGCUCGGUCGGUAGCGGAUCGAUAUGUUGAAGUACGGACACAAGUGCAGAAACACGUUGAUAGUCUUCCGGUACACCUAGCUGGCGUGAGGACCGCGAGUGCCGAGGUGAUUGAUAAGGCUCACGGCCGGGGUGGUCUAUUCAUUCGACGGUAG